UAUAUUAAUUUCCCUCCUUAAUUUUACAUAUAUAAAAUAUGAUGGAAGCUAUCCCAGGUGACUUUAUCGCGUCCCAAUAUCAGCCAUACCAAAAUCCAAGCUCUAAUAAUACUUCUGCUGCUGCUACUACUACUACUUUAAUCCCAUGCCUAACGGACCAGUGGGGUGACUUGCCGUUACGAGUUAACGACUCCGACGACAUGAUCGUCUACAAUUCCCUCCACGACGCCGUCAGUUUCGGCUGGUCUCCGUCCGAUUUAACGCCCGAAAUCUCCGAAAUCAAACCCGAGCCGAUAUACUCCUUCGACCUGGCCAAUCCGACCACGGAAUUAGCCGUGCCGGGGGUGUAUACGGCGUCGUCUCACGCUCUGGAGAUUCAUAAUCUCCAAAACACCCUUUUCUCCUUCCAAAGCGAGAAUCGAGAGAGGGGCAAAAAUGGAGAUGUAACUAAUCGGAGAGGUGGGACCAGAGGGAGGCAUUACAGAGGGGUGAGGCAGAGGCCGUGGGGGAAGUUCGCUGCGGAGAUUAGGGAUCCGGCGAAGAACGGCGCCAGAGUGUGGCUCGGGACCUACGAGACGGCGGAGGAGGCGGCUCUGGCCUACGACCGAGCCGCCUUCGGGAUGCGCGGCUCCAAGGCGCUGCUGAAUUUCCCGCAUCGGAUCGGUUCCGGUGAGCCGCCGCCGGUGAGGAUCACGGCCAAGCGCCGGGAGUGCUCCGACCAUGCCUCUGGUGGGUCCUUCAAGAAGGUCAAGGGGAGCUUGGCGGGUAAUGGUGACGUGGAGUCGGAGCAGAGAUCGUUAGAUGUGUUUCAGGUGGGACCCGAUAGCAGUUUCCUACUACGUGGCGAUGAACUAUUGGUUAGUUAAAAAAGUGUAAUAGGAAAGAGAAGAUCGGAGUAUGUUUGGCUUUGUGGACAACACCGGCUGCGGUUUUAUACUUGAAGAUUUUUGUUAUGCGCAAGACUCAAUUUAACCAUAUAUAU